GGGGAAACCGACUGCGCUAUGACGAGGAUGGUUUGGGCGGAGCAGGAUGCCAGGUCAAGCGAGUUGUUUUCAUCUUCUGCUUCUUGUUGUUGUCCUGCAGGAAGGUGAACCUCAACCUCCAUCCCGGUCUCAGGUGCUUUGCAGCGUCCAGCAGAUAACGGAAGAUCAUCAUGUCAAGCUCCUGUGACACUCUGUACUUCAGUCUGCCUGCCCAUGGGAACUCCGUCCUGCAUAAGAUGAAUGCUCUAAGAGAAGACCAUCGGUUCUGUGACAUCACGCUCGUCCUAGGAAGCCCAAACACCUCUGCGGACCAGUCUGUCCACUUUCACGGCCACAGGGUGGUGCUUGCAGCAUCCUCUGAUUUCUUCCGUGAUCAGUUCCUGCUCCAUGAAGACCAGGCAGAGAUGAGUGUGGCUGCAGUUUCCAGUGCGAGAGUGGCGAAGACGCUGCUGCUGUCCUGCUACACUGGACUCCUCGAGUUACUGCAAGUUGCACAACGAAAAAGUCCUCCAGCCCAAACCAUACUCCCUCCACCGCCAUGCUUAAGAGUCAAUGUACCUUUGGCAGAACUGGUCAGUUACCUGAGCGCAGCCAGCAUCCUCCAGAUGAGCGAGGUGGUAGAGAAAUGCAGUCAAGCUGUGAUGCAGUUCCUUAAACCCCUUAUGUUUUCCAAUAAAUCUGCAAGUUGCUCCAAGGAAACUGAAAACCAGCAGCCAGAGAGAAGCUGGCUAUGUUCCAGUUUUGAAAAUCGGAGGGAAAAGGAUGUGGCCCAGCCCAGCACCAGCAUCCAGGAAGAUAAGACAAAGGAAGAAGGAGUGGCUAUUGGUCAGGCAAUGGAUGGGGUCAGCCAAGAAUCUAAGGUGGAUAAUGAAAAGACUAAUGUGACUACAGAAGACAUGAAGUUUGUGAAACCUAAAUUGGAGUCAACAGAGGAUCAAAAAUUUGAGCUUGACACCUUGAAGUCAGAGCAAGGUGUGAAAAACCCCACAGCAGCGCUCAAGGAUGAAGUCUUUCAAGACCUCAUUUCAUUCCCAGCUUUAGAGAUUAGAAGUGCUGCAGAUCACGUAAAGCUGGUGGACAUCUCCCAAAAACAACACAAACAAGUAGGACAUGAAGAAAAACAAGAUAAUUCACACAAAGCUCAACUGGAACAUGGUGGAGGCCUGAUAGAUUCAAAAAUAUCUAACCUCUCCGAGGCACACUCCACAAAGCCUGGCGAGGAUGUACUACUAGAGGCUUCACACAGCAUCCUAGUUGAGAGACCAUACCUGUGCAGGAAGUGUGACAAAAUCUUCCAGCACCUUGAGAACUACAUGGGCCACCUGAAGGAACACAGACAGUAUUCCUGUUUGGUCUGUGGGGAGGGCUUUUCCCAGAAGAGAAAACUGACCCGGCACAUACACGUUCACCCUGACGUCAAGCCCUUCAGAUGUCCACUGUGCCAUGAAACGUUCAUCCAAAAGGGUUGGCUGCAAGAACACCUCAACCUGCACACAGGGCACAAGCAUAGUUUGAACCCAACAAACAAGUCAGAUUUUACAGGCCUAAAGGGAGAGAAAAAUGGCCCGACAGAUGUGCUGGAGAAGGGUGGAGGAGCAAGUUAGGAUUAAAAUGCGAUCACUGCUGUAUGUUCUGGCUGCUUAUUAUUAUUUUUUGUCUUUUUUGGACAUCUGAUUCCAACUUCAGUUGUAGAAAAACAUGCACAUGCAAAAGGACAGCUUUUUUUGAGGGACUGUAAAAAAAAAAAUCUGCAAAAUGUUAUAUAAGAUUCCAAAGAUGACAAGAGUGUGGGCCUCAUGUCUCAGAGGUUUUUCAUGUUAGAUAUCUAUUGUCAAGGUUAUUUUAAUUUAGUUGUGAAUUCUUUGGUGUUCAAAAUGAACAGGAUUACCUAUCACUGACUCUGUGCUUGACAUCUCUGAAUAUUUUAUUCACUCACUAUGCACAUUCCUAAAUUAAACAGUUUAAAUUUAAUUAUACAUUGCACACAAUUCAUUUGUGCAUGUUCUACUAAUAAAGCUUGACGAGCUCCUUA